ACAAUGGCGGACGCUCCAGAGGAGCCCAAAGUUUCGAAACGAGCAGCAGAGAAGGAGGCGAAGAAGGCAGCGGCACGCGCGAAGAAGGAGGCCUCAAAAUCUGCUGCUCCGAACACAACAGCUGCGGUGCCCAGCAAGCCAGCAGAAGCGGUCGACCCUUUCAAGACUGGAUGGCUGAAGGGUGUAUACAAUGAGAAGCCGGUCACCGAUGUGGUCACGCGAUUCCCGCCAGAGCCCAAUGGGUACCUCCACAUUGGCCAUGCGAAAGCGAUCACGGUGAGCUUUGGCUUCGCCAAGUCAUACGGCGGCCAGUGCAACCUCCGAUUCGACGAUACCAAUCCGGCGAAAGAGGAGGAGCAGUUCUUCACCAGCAUCAAGGACAUGGUAUCGUGGUUGGGCUUCAAGCCCGCGCGAGUGACCUACAGUUCGGACGAAUUCGAUCAAUUGUACGAACUGGCAGAGGAGUUGAUUCGUCGGGACAAGGCAUACGUCUGCUUUUGUUCAGCAGCUGAGGUCAAGGCGAGACGAGGCGGACCAGAGCAUGGUCCGAGGAGUGUAUGUGCAGACUGGUCAGCGAGUCCGGACACCAACCUUGCGGAGUUUCGAAAGAUGCGGGACGGCGACUAUGAGGCUGGCACGGCACAUCUUCGCAUGAAGCAAUAUCUGGGCACAUCGAAUCCUGCAAUGUGGGAUGUUGCGGCAUACCGAGUCAAGAAGGAGAACUAUCAUCAUCGGACGGGAGUGAAAUGGAAGAUCUACCCCACAUACGAGUUUACACACUGUCUGGUCGAUUCAUUCGAGGGCAUCACACACAGUCUCUGCACGGUGGAGUUCGAGACACUACGGCCCGCUUACAAUUGGCUACUCGAGGCUCUGGACCACAAGCUACCCGGUAGUGACGAGAAAGGCCCGAUGCAGAGGGAGUACGGCAGACUCAACGUGGAAGGUACUAUUCUGUCAAAGCGAAGGAUUGCUAUGCUUGUGAACGCGGGCGCUCGCUCAAUACCUCCGGUCGUACGUGACUGGAACGACCCUCGGCUGUUCACACUCGUGGCCCUCCGUCGACGUGGUGUUCCGCCGGGCGCUCUCAAGAAGUUCGUCCUUGAUCUGGGAGUGACAAAAGCGAAUGCCAACACCAUGACACACAACCUCGACGCGACGAUUCGGACAUACCUUGAACGCACGGUACCACGACUCAUGCUAGUACUGGAUCCGAUCAAAGUCGUGAUCGAGAAUCUAGCAGACGACUAUCUCGAAGAGCGCGAGGUGCCGUUUGACCCUAAAGAUCCAGCGAAGGGUUCCCACAAGGUUCCUUUCACAAAGGUCAUUUACAUCGACCGUGACGACUUCCGCGAGGAGGACGAUCCCGACUUUUUCCGUUUGGCCCCUGGCAAGAGUGUUGGCCUCCUGCACGCCGAGCAUCCUCUCCGCUGUCUCUCGUUUUCAAAAAACGCUGCCACGGGCAAAGUGGCGGAGAUUAAGGCAGAGUAUGGCUCUUCUGUCCCAGCUGGCAAGGCUCGCAUCCAUUGGGUCGGCGAAUCAGCCUCGCACAAGUCCCCGGUCCGGGCUGAAUGUCGACUGUUCAACCCGUUGUUCAAGACACCGAAGCCCAACGAGCUGGAUUGGAAGACUGGCGGCUACUAUGACAACGUGAACCCUGACUCCGAAGUCGUUUUCGCCGAUGCCAUGGUCGAGUGCGGAUUCCGCGAAAUUCAGGAGCGGGCACCCUGGCCAAAGACAGAUGGUGAGACGACCGCCAAUGCGGAUAAGAGCAGCGUGCGCUUCCAGGGUCUCAGGACUGCAUAUUUCGCGGAGGACAGCGAUUCCACCGCGGACAAGGUCGUCCUGAAUCGCAUUGUGACGCUCAAGGAGGAUGCGGGCAAGAAGGCGUAG